CCUUAUGGUCGUCGAAUGUCGAGAGUUGUGAAAAGAAUCAUAUUCAUUAAACAGUAUUGAACUCUAUCGAAAAUUUGACGCAUUUUACUGCUAUCUUUAGUUUUUAAGAUGAUUGUUUGAUUGGAAUCAAAUAUUUAAAUACAAUGGAGGGUCCACUGCAAGUAAAGGAUUCAACUUCUGCUACUGCAGAACCAGUUAAAUCUGAAGGAAUUGUACAAAACUCGGAUAACAAUGAACGAAACGAAGAAGCAGCUUCUCCGCCACCAAAUUGCAGUAUAUGUCUUGGGAAAUUAAUCAACACAUCAUUUACAGACAGUUGUUUACAUCAGUUUUGUUUUAAUUGUUUAUUACAAUGGUCUAAAAUAAAAACAGAAUGUCCGUUAUGCAAACAAACCUUCAAAUCAAUCAUACAUAAUGUGAGAUCAGAAGAAGAUUAUGAUCAAUAUCAUGUACCACGCGAAUUUGCAAAUCAACUUCCACAACCUGCUAUGACAAUUCAUCAUUUGGAUGAUGAUUUUGAAGAUGCUAAUUGGGUUAUCAAUCAACAACGUCGUUUCAUCUACGGAACAACAAUGCCUGAUAAUCAUCGUCGUUUUAUCCAAAAUGCUGAAUUACAAGAGGCUACAAGAGAUCGUUUUUACGCUUUACUAUCAGAAGUACCAAGAGAUGAUCCUAGAAGACGAAUUAAUCCAACUUUACGUCGUACUAUAUAUACACAUGGAAUAUGGGCUACUUCAUUACCUGGACGUUUUCAAGAAUGUAGUGCUGAUUACUAUCGGAGAUUUCCAAGAGAAUUGGAUCGUCUUGUUCCAUGGUUAAAUAGAGAAUUACAAAUAUUAAUUAGUAACAGACCAAGACAUAUUCCACAUGUUUUAAGAAUUAUUAUGAAUGCAUUAACAAUUCAUGAUAUUAGAAGUCUUCAAUUUCAAAAUAUUGUACGGCCAUUUUUUGGUGUACAUACUGAACAUUUCAUACACGAAUUAUUUAAUUUUGCAGGAACUAAUUAUGAUAUAAGUUCAUAUGAUCAAGCUGUUACUUAUUUAUAUCAAGGUUUAUCAUCAAGAGAAUACGUUCCACAUGUUGUUUCACCUGUAUCUAGUAACAGUAGUACUUCUUCCGAUGAUUCAGAUGUUCAUGUACUUGACGAAGCAAUUGACUUACGUGUGAAUACUGAAAUACCUGGUGUAGUACCACUUCCAAUUAAUAUGCCUGGACCUAGUACUGUUGCACAAGCUUUCCCUUUAGAAGAACCAUAUACUGUACCAGAUGUUUUAACAAUAUCAUCUGGAUCUUCGGAUGAUGAAUGUGAAGUUAUUUGUUAUGUCAAACCUCGUCAUGAAAGAACACCUGAAAUUAUAGAAUUAGACUCUUCUGAUCCUGAGGAUACUAAUGCAGUUUAUGUAACUAACAAUAAAACUGAGUCUGUACGAAAUUCUCUUACAGAAGAUGUUCCUCAAGCUAGUACAUCAUUUAGUUCUAAAAAGGAAUUACCUAAUAAGACAAAUAGUGAAAUCUUUAUGGCAAGUAUUUCAGAAAGUUCAUCUACUUUGAGCGAUGAUUCGUCGGAUAGUGAUUACAAUCCUAGAAGAAGUAGAAAAUGUCGUGGUCAUGUAAAAAAAUCGUCGAAGAAAAAGAUUAAUAAUAAAAGGCGUAAACAUGGUAAUGCCAAACGUCGUAAAAGAACGGACAGAAGUGUAUCAAGUGUAUCAUCAGUUGAAAGUGAUUUUAGAAAUAAAAGUAGUAGUAGAAGAAGCAGUCAACAUGGAAAAACAAAAUUAAGUAGUUCUAGCGAAUCUAAUUUGGAUGAAGAUAGGAAAAAGAAAUUGAAUGAAACUAAAUCAAGAAAAGAAAGCAAUUCUUCAAAUAAAGCUAAGGUAAAAGUGCGUAGGGAUUUAAUCAAAAAAGAAGUGAAAUACAAGGAAAAUAAUAUCAAUAACAUUAGUAGUAGUAGCAGUAGUAGUAGCAGUAGCAGCAGCAGCAGCAGUAGCAGCAGUACUAGUAGCAGUAGCUGUUGCAGCAGUACCAGUACUACUAGUAUUAGCAGCAAGACUGGUGCUAAUAAUACUAGCAGUAAUAUUAAUACUAAUAGCAGUAGCAAUAGAUGUUACAACAGUACUAGUACUAGCAGCAGCAGCAGUAGUAGUAGUACUAGCAGCAGUGAAACAUCCAAUGAAAGUAAAGAAGCACGAAAAUAUGAACCUGUUAAACAAAGGUUAAGAACUAUAGAUGGUAAUAAUAGUCCGCCUGUAUGGGUUUUAAAAUAUGUUACUGAUAAAACUGAAAAAGAAAACAAAAAUAAAGAUAAAUCACGAUCAACGACUGAUACAACAUCAUUAGAUGAUUCUCGUCGAAAGAACUACAAAUAUAGGAAAAAUAAACGAUCUAGAACCAGAAGUACUAGCAAAUCUCCACAUAUACCGAAAAAGACCAGAAGAUCUACCCGUAAAAAACGGCAAGUUCAUAAAUAUAAAACUGAAUAUGAAAGUGAAAAUAAAGAUAUGUUGUUAAAUGAAAUGUUAUUAAAAAGAGAAAGUAGUAGUACACGUUCCAAUAGUCAAAUUAGCAAUUAUUCAGAUAGUUCAUACAAAAAAUAUAAAAGAAGAUCAAAACAUUCAUGUAAAGAUAAAAAGACAAGACGUUCUCGUAGCAAAUCUCGUAACAGAUCUCGUAGCAAAUCUUCUAGCAGGUCUCGUAGCAGAUCUCGUAACAGAUCUCAUAGCAGAUCUCGUAGUAGGUCUCGUAGCAGAUCUCAUAACAGAUCUCGUAGCAGAUCCUAUAGCAGAUCUCGUAGAUCUCGUAGCAGAUCCCGUAGCAGAUCUCCUAGUAGAUCCCAUAGCAGAUCUCGUAGCAGUUUUCGUAGCAGAUCCCGUAGCAGAUCUCGUAGCAGAUCUUCCACCUCUAAUUCAAGUUCAUCAGAUACAAUUGCAUCAUAUAAUAGUGAAACAUGGUGGAAACAUUCCGAUUCUAAAAAUAAUUUAUGCAACGAAUGGAAACGUACAGCACGCAUGAGUCGUAGAAAAGUUAAAUAUCGAAACUCUUUAUCAAAAAUGAAAUCUAAAAUGGAAUUGUCACAUGCAAGGGGGCAUUAUAGUUCUAACUCGGACUAAUUUUGUCAUAAAACUUAAUAAUCUCUUUUCUGAAAAAAAAAA